GUGAAGCACGGUGCUGAAGAUGGUCAGAACGCGCCUAAUGGGCCCUCUGUCCUGGGGCCGGGUCAAAUGGCCGAGUGCAAUGGGAACGGGAGUCCUUUAUCUGCUGCUGCUAUCAACCUGCCUCGGCCAAGAGACAGAAGAUUGGCAAUAUGAGGAAUGUAAACUAUCUCGGUCGGGUCCUCCUGCCACCAUCGUUGCCAUAGAUGAAGAGAGCCCCAACGGAACCUUGCUGGUGGAGAACAUGCAGAUUAAUGGCGUGGCCGAGGGUCCGGAUCGUACCAUCUCUCUUUCCCUAAGGGACAACCACGACUACUGGGUGAUUCUGGACCCUUCCAAACAAGCCCUUUAUCUCAACAGCACCGGACGCCUUCUGGACAGAGAUCCCCCCUCGUAUAUUCACUCCAUCGUGGUUCAGGUUCAAUGUACCAACGAGCUGAUCGGCACCGUGAUUCUACACGAGGUCCGCAUCGUGGUCCGGGACCGCAACGACAAUUCCCCGCGAUUCCAGCAGCCGAGAUACUACGUGGCCGUCAGCGAGUUGACACCAGUGGGAACCACCAUCUUCUCUGGUUUCUUGGGGAACAACGGGGCGGCCGACAUCGACGACGGUCCCAACGGACAGAUCGAGUACAUGAUCCAGUACAACCCGAAAGACCCGACAGCCAACAGAACCUUCGACAUCCCGCUGACACUGUUUGGAUCCGUGGUCCUAAGAGAAAGACUCAACUACGAGGAGAUAACACGCUACCUGGUCAUCAUACAGGCUAACGAUCGAGCCCCCUACCCUAGCGAGCGGCGCACCGCCACCACCACUCUGACCGUGGACGUGCUGGACGGUGACGACUUGGGUCCCAUGUUUCUGCCGUGCACGCUCGUGGGAAACACCCGUGACUGCAGUCCCAUCACGUACAAGGCCAACGUACUGGAGCUGACAGAGCCGAAUAAAGUCAGUCCUCUCAAUGUGACUCCCCCGAUACAAGCUGUGGACCAAGACCGAAACAUCCAGCCUCCGUCCGAGAGACCAGGGAUCUUAUACUCCAUCCUCAUCGGCAAACCUCAGACCUAUGCAGACUAUUUCAGCCUGAACAGGACCACAGCGGAGCUCGUGCUGCUGAGGCCAAUCGACAGAGAGCUGUACCGCAGAUUUGACCUGGUGAUUAAGGCAGAACAGAACAAUGGCCACCCCCUGCCAGCGUUUGCCAACCUCCAGAUCGAAGUGCUGGAUGAAAACAACCAGGCGCCCUACUUCCUGGAGACAAGUUACCAGGGCUACGUCAGCGAAGCUUCACCUGUGGGAACCACCAUAGCGACCAGUGGCAGCCUGUCCGCACCACUGGCCAUCGUAGCUCUGGAUAAUGAUGUGGAGGAGACGAAGGACCCUCAGCUCCAGUUCUCGUUGGACAGCUACUCAAACGUUUUCUCCGUGUCUGCGACUGGAAUCAGAAGAUACGUCACGCUGCUGCAGCCGCUGGACAGAGAGACACAAGACUUCUACACAUUCACGCUAUUAGCGUCAGACGGAGUCCAGCAGAGCUUCCCGGUGACCGUGACGAUAACGGUGUUGGACGCAAAUGACAACACUCCGACUUUCGCCAACGUCUCUUAUAAUGUCAACCUGUUUACUGAUAUGAUGCCUGGAGAAACGGUGCUACAGCUGUCGGCUGUAGAUUCUGAUGCGGGUCCCAAUGGUCAAGUCACCUACCGGAUCUUAGCCGGAGACCAGGAACACUUUAUUAUUGGAAACAGCACUGGGGUCAUUAGUGUGGCGCCGGGUGUUGACCUCGCUGUGGGGCGGAGCUACGCGUUGACCGUGGAAGCCGUGGACAACGGGCCUGCACCUCAGCGACGGUCGUCCAUUACCACCGUCUAUAUCGAGGUUUUGCCCCCGAACAACCAGAGCCCCCCACGUUUCCCCCUGCAGCAGUACAACCUGGAGGUCAGCGAGGCCAUGAGGACGGGAGCGACGCUGCUGAAUCUGCAGGCAGUGGAUCGGGAAAGAGAUACUAUUGCUUACAAAAUCCAUAGUGGAGACCCCCAUGGACACUUUGCACUAAAUGAGAAUUCAGGGUCUUUGGUUCUGGAACAGCCUCUGGACAGGGAGACUCUGGAUUCUUACACCCUGGUGGUCACAGCCUCAGACGGACAGCCAGAUGGGACGUCCACAGCGAUGGUGAACAUUAUGGUCAUGGAUGUUAAUGACAACGACCCGCUGUUCGAUUCCUCUCUGACAGUGAACCUCACUGUCACAGAAGAGCAGGACAAUGCCUUCGUGGGACAAGUUAAGGCUACAGAUCCAGACCUGGGCUCUAGUGGUCAGGUCCACUAUCGGCUCGUCAACCACCAGAAGCUCUUUUCCAUCAACGCCACUGGAGCGAUCCGAACCACGGUGCCGCUGGACAGGGAGGUGAAAGGUCACUACCACCUGAUCGUUGAAGCCUGGGACGGUUCGGUGGACCCCCGGCGAUCCCGGUUGACUCUGUCCGUCACCGUUCUGGACGUGGACGACAACAGCCCGGUGUUCACCCAACAAACCUACAAUGUCAACCUACCGGAGAACAGCCCCAAAGACUCAGUCAUAUUAAAGUUAAAGGCGAUGGACGCCGACCUCGACUCCAACCUCACGUACCGCAUCAGAAGCGAAGGCCUGGACCCGGAGAUCACUCGGCUCUUCCACAUCGACCCAGGGACCGGGGAGCUCUCGGUUCGGAUGGUCCUGGACUACGAGGCGCUGAAGGACUCAGAGGCCACGUACAUGUUCACCGUGGAGGCCCUGGACCGAGAGGGGACCAUGCCUCCCGGACUCGCCUCCGUUACUGUCACGAUCAUAGACAUGAAUGACUUUCCUCCGGUGUUCAGCCAGUCAGUGUACCGAGGCAUGGUCGCCCCGAACGCCGUCAAGGGAACCCUCGUGACCACGGUGUCGGCCAACGACUCUGACCCUGUGGGCACCCCCGCAGGUCUAGUGAGAUAUAAAGUGGACCAGGAAGCAUAUCCAUACUCUGCCAGUAUAUUUGAUGUGGACGAACACACAGGACAUGUGGUUACCAGAGUGAACCUCAAUGAGGAGCCCAACCUGAAGUUCAAUCUGGUGGUGGUGGCCUACGACGAUGGCGAACCAAUGAAGGAGAACACGACUCUGGUGGAGAUCACGGUCCUCCAGCCCUCCGUCAUUCCUGUGUUCACCCAGGAAGAAUACAGGUUUGCACCAGUGAGCGAGGAGGCUGGCGUUGGGACUCCGGUGGGAUUCAUUGUGGCAGCUGCUGUCAAUCAAACUAUCGUGUACUCCAUCAUUGAAGGCAACGAGGGAGGGGUGUUCGCAUUAAACGAAACAACGGGAGUGAUUUCCACCGCCAAGCCUCUGGACUACGAGGCCAAUUCCAGCUUCGUUCUGAAGGUGGAGGCCGACUCCAUGAGGGUGGGGUCCUCCAACCUGCGAGCCCCGUCGAAGACUAACACAGCGAAGGUGAUGAUUGACAUCCAGGAUGAGAACGACCACCCACCAGUUUUCACCACAUCUCUUUACAUCGGAGGCGUUGCAGAAGAUGCCAAGACCUUCACCUCAGUCUUACAAGUGCAGGCUCUGGACCAAGACACUGGUAACUACAGUUCAAUGAUUUACCGGCUCAUCGUCCCACCUCAGCCUGGCAAAGACACCAAAAACAGCAAAGACGGAUUUGUCAUCGAGCCGUACAGCGGCGUUGUGAAGACGGCGAUCAUGUACCGCAACAUGAGGAGGUCCUAUUUUAAGUUUGAGGUGGUCGCUACCGAUAACUAUGGACAAGGACACAGCAGCAAGGCAGAGAUAGUGGUGUCAGUGGUGAACCAGCUGGACAUGCAGGUGGUCGUAUCAAACGUCCCUCCAACCUACGUGGAUAAAAACAAGAACAAGCUGCUCAGCAUUCUGGAACGCUACGUCCAGGAUCAGAUACCAGGAGCGAAGGUCGUGGUGGAAACCAUCGGGCCCCAUCGGCACGGGGACGGGAUGGAGCAGGAGGACUACACCAAGUCGGACCUCAUGAUCUAUGCCAUCGACCCGCUGACCAAUCGAGCCGUGUCCAGACAGGAGCUCUACAAGUUUCUGGACGGUAAACUCUUGGACAUCAACAAAGAGUUCCAGCCCUUCCUCCCCCCCGGCGGACGGAUUCUGGAGAUCCGAACCCCGGACGUGGUGACCAGCGUCAAGAAAGCCAUGCAAACCGUAGGCUACACAGAGGGGGCGCUGUUGGCCCUGGCGGUGAUCAUCAUCAUCUGUUGCGUCCCUGCGAUAUUGAUCGUUAUCAUCACCUACAGGCAAUUCAAAGAACGCCAGGCGGAGUGUGCCAAGACAGCCCGCAUCCAGAUGGCGCUGCCAACAGGCAAACCUGGGGGAGGCACUGCCAACAACCUGUAUGAGGAGCUGGGUGACAACGCCAUGUGAGUGAACCGAUCAAACCACAGCGGUGGCGGCAAUGGCGGCGGUUUGGAUGAAAUCGAUAGCCAACGUCUGAUCUCCGAUUUUGCCACUCGCGCGAUCGCCGCCCAUCGGCAGUGUGUCGCGAACGGAGGGGUGCUUAACAAACUGCCCAAGUCCGAGUCCAGUAUCACCUUCCUCUCUGACGAAAACCCCCUGACCAUCAGAAACCCCAUCUACCACGAGGACGGGACCCUGAGUAGUCCGGAGACUCUUGGAAGAAGCCAGAGAAGACGAGACCUCCUCGGGAAUUCCUCCCCGUCCAGGAAAGGCCUUCGGGAGGCCUGGCUGAGGCUCAGCUCCAGUGGAGGCGAUGUGGGCUUCAGUGGUUACAGUGGCAGUGACAGUGGAUGGGGAUCCGGCGGCGGACACAGCUGGACUCUCCCAUCCAGAUUACACCGAAGGGAUAUGUAUGACGCCCUGAGACGCCAAGUGGUCAUGGAUCCUGUGCAGUGGGAGCUGGAGCUCCUCAAGGCCGAAUUCAAGGACAGUAAAGACGCUGGUCUGGAUUCAGGAUUUGACCGUGGGUUGGACUCGGACCUGAUGGGGAGUCCGAGUCUGGAGCCCAAGCUGACGGUCAAAGAACAAGCCCGGCAGUUUGAGCAACAGGCGCUGCAGGAGAUGAGACAGAGGCAAAACAGGGAGUCACGAGGAUCUCUGUCACCUGAUUUUAUGCUUUCUAUUUUCCCGGAGUCUCCUCAGCAUAACGAGCAAACUCCCACACAUAACAUCCCAUUUGUUCUGACCAGAGAGGGCCCCCCCAGUAUCGUCGUGACCCAGAGUGAUGGGGGAACCCCCCCACCAAGUCACAAGCCAACUCCACCUGUGCUGCGGCGCUUCGGGGGAAAUUUAACAUCAAAUCCGAAUGGGGACGAGAGACUUCAGGUCCAUUUAGAGAUUAUCCCUGAUCCUCCUUCGACUCCUCCACCUCCACCACCUCCUACUACCCCACCACCUCCACCACCUCUAUCAUCCUCUCCUCCAUCUCCUACAUCUCCUCCUCCACCGCACCCUGCCUCCCCUCCUCCUCUGCCUCCUCCUUCCCCUCACUCCAUCCAAACAAAAAAGCAAGCUCCUCCUCCCCCACCACCGCCACCUCCUCCUCCUCCUCCUCCACCUCUCCCUCCUCCCUUAUCGCCUUCACUCCUGCGUCCCUCCACCUUCGUCCUCCCUUCACUGUCGGAGCUUCCAGCUCUCCGGCCCGUGUCCCUCCGGCCGCCACCGCCGCCGCUUCCUGUGGAGCCGGAGCCUCAGAGGAGGGAGCUGAAAGGAAUCCUGAAGAACAUCCAGAACAUUGCGGAAAUUGAGAAGUCCGUGGCCAACAUGUUCAGUCAGAUAGAUCGGAAACAGAUCCCGCUCAAAAAGGUCAUGAAGGGGCGGGCCUCCAUAGGUUCUCUCGAUUCUCUGGACUUGGAUGUAUUAGCAGCUGAAGGCGCAGGAGGGGAGGCUGGUUCAGGAGGAGGGGAGGGAGGUAGAGAAGGAACCGGAGGAGGAGAGGAUCCUCCACCUCAUCCACCUCCUCCACAGAUUCGGCCCAACACAAACAUGAACUCCAUUGUGGAAGAACUUGAGAAGCGGUUCCCCUCUCAGUCGACAAUGCUCUAACUUCCUUGUGUCGGAUAUGGAAAAGCACAAAGCGGGGGAGUCUCCGAACCCUGCUGCUUAGUUCCCACUGAGCUGACAAGGGACUGAUGCUCAGAAUAGCUCAGUGACGCUGGUUUGAUUUGAUGAUUUCUUCCAAAAAAGAAAAAUGCACCAGGGUUUAAAUAAACUCUAUCGGUACAACAAAAAAGGAUUCUUGUCUCAAAUGAAGGUACAUUUUGAAAACAGAAGACGAGAAGGGGAGGAGGUGUAACAGCCAAACAAGUCACAUCAUAAAUGUGUCUAAAAUAGUCAAGUUGUAGCUUAGAAUUAUUACAAGAAGAGGGAUUCAAGUUGUUGAAAAAAUGGAUAUGAAAACCAGGUUAAAAGGUUAACUCCAUUUCCUCAUCUGUGCCCCUUUCAGUGAACUGACCCUCUGAGGAAUUCAAAAGCUCGGCUCCGAACUAUAACAUCGAAGCAGUAGUUUGUGAAACGUACUCAUUAUCUGCCUCUGCAAUUAUUUCUCUUUCCCCCCAAACAACAUUUAUAGGGCUUGUUCUUUAAUCACCACGGAGGGAAAUUGACGUAAACAACUGUAGAUGGGAGCCGAGUAAUUAAAUGAUUAGAAGAGGUGAAAUGUUUCCUUGUUAACUUCAAGUUCGACUCCUGUUGCUUACAUUCCACAUCCUCGCCAAGGAAUUGUUGUCACGACAAAUUACGAUCAAUCAGUGUCUUUCUUAAAGGGAUGUGACAUGAUUCGCACUCACUGGAUGAUUACAUGUUUGUGAAGGCUUGAACACAGACACACACACACACACACACACACAAAUCUAGUCGGCGUCUCGAGAAGAACUUGAUUGAAGAUGCACCGGGUGUGAGAAUCAAUCAAGAGGAGGGAAGAACAUUGUUGAACCUGCCAACUUGGAUUGAACUGCGUUUAACAGGGAUUCCUAUAUGAUCCUUUGCAUGGACACGUUCUCCUACAGCUGCUGCUGCUUCAGGACGACAACUAGUUUCAUUGUCUGUGUCAUGUUUGUUUCUUUUCUUUCCACCUCAUUUUCGCUGUCAUGCAGUUGUCGAGAGCUGUGACGAUGAAGGUCAGACCCUCUCCUGUGUUCUACGUGGUGUCUGUAAACAGCUGUCCAUUAUUGAUAUAAGCUCAUUCAUUUAUUUGAGGCCAAGCACAACAUUCUUUCUUUUAAAGGAGACAUUUUUUAUUUUUGACAUUAUUUUGCUGCAGCUCCUCUCUUCAGCCUCUGUCUGAAACAAGUGGUUCAGGCCUCUCAUCUUUUCCUGCAUUUCAGGAGCAUGAGGGUCAGUGUUCUGUGUGAGAGGAGGUGCUUUUUAACUUGACACACACAGAUGUACAACUCACUAGAGGAAAGGACAUUUAAAAAAGCAUCACGUGUCUCCUUCAAGAUCAAUACUUAAAGACAUGAGUGUCUUUCAAUGUUGGAAAGUAACUUGCUCCAAGCUAAAAAUGCAAUUUAGUUGUUAGUUUUAAAAUCAUAUAUUAUAAAUACUUAGUCGUCUCUAGUUCUCUAUACCGGCUCCGAGCUCCGAAAGGUUUUCACAAGGUUUUUCUUUCUGUUGUUCUCAGUCUGUCUUCUUCUCUCAUUUUCAAUAAUGUAUUGUUUAUCCUUUCUUUUCACCUUGUCAAUGUCACGUGUAUGUUUUUUUAAAGAUGACACAGUAAUGUUUGAUGCUGUGGGUGGAGGCAGAAGCACAGCGGAAAUAUUUCUGAGACAUUUAUGUAGAGUGAUAUUUUUAUUCACGAGCUGUGCUAAAUUUUGAUGAACCUUUUCUAUAGGGCUCUGUUGUCACUGUGCAGGAACUUACUGGGAAAUGAUUAAUAUUAAAAAAUACAAAAAAGCCUCAGAAA